CCGGAGGAGAAUCGUUAGGCAUGUAUGGCUACGCGUCACACUCCCACAAUAUGACUGCCGCUCUUGUCAGUUGUACGAAAGCAAGUCCCAGGCAACCAACAACAACAACCAAAUUUUUACAAACAUCAUAUGGGAAUUACUGAAAGUCCUCGGCUCCUGGAAAAAGAAAGGACCGUUUGGGUUAGCCGAUGGGGGACCAGUCUUGGAGCUCAGCGCACACUCCCCGAGCGACUCGGAACAUUAUUUUCGUGACUAUCGCCUCGACAAAGACAUUUAUCCACACCAGCACGACGAAAAUUGCACAUAUGAGGAAUUUGAUACUAAUAUGUCUUGCACACGGCGACGCCAUCGAUGUUGCGAUGCUCUCCACGGCUGGGCAGAUGGCGCUAGCGGGGCUGGUCAAUCCUGGCGGUUCGGCGAACCUACGAGUCUUCGGAAGCGCGCUCAACCUCGACUUCAGCAGUCUUGGUGCCAGAACGAUAAUGAACUCCCACGCGCUCCUGUGGUUAAGGGUUUACUUGUCCGUCGACAACAUUUUCGUUUUGUCCAUCCCGCGGCGCUGUUUGGGAUCCUCAGGAGCUUGCCUGGACUCGAAAGUGUAACUGUUGAACCCUGGUGCCGGAUUCAUCACAGUUUCGAUACCGGUUACCAACCCAGACUCGACGAGUACUUACAAGGAGCACAUACUCUUAAAAGCCUUUCCAUCUUUGAGGACCAUAACCUAUUCUUCCACGGGCAUAGCAAGAGAGACUUACACCCUUUUUUGGGCACGACCCUGGCAGAUGAGAGCCGCUCCUUUGAGCACCUGUCUGUGGCGUUUCUUGCCGAUUCCUAGGAAUUUCUCAAAGAUUUCUGGCCAGGCUCUUCACCUAUGUCUCUAGACC